AUAAGUCAGCCAAUAACCAAUUAAAGGAAAUAUAUGUGGAUAAGAUUUGUUAUUGCAUGUCACUACACAAAGCCACUUCAAAAGAAUCCAACAAAAUUUAACACUUCUGCUUCUUUCUCUUCAGUCUUCCCUAACAAUCAAUCUAUCACUCUUCCAACCCAAACCAAAGAUAUAUGAAAUGAUUUCUCCAUGAUGUAAUUGUGUCUGGCUUGGGUGUACAAAUGUUGGUUGUUCUCAUUUUUGUCAAAGGUAUUGAGGUCGGAUCAUCUUAAUUGGUUAGCCUUAAAUCCCUGCAUGGAAAACCGAAAGGGGAAAACUAAUGCAAGGGAAAAAUGGGUUCGAGCUUCACCGACCAUGGAUAAAGUGUAUACAGCAUCAGCUGCUGACGAAUUUUCUCCAAGGAAUUGCUGCCUUGUUUGCUUGGAAAACCGCAGUUGCAAUGCAGUCCUCUCAAGAACCAAACUAAUGACCCAGUUAAUCAAAAGGAAGAAGCCCGAGGAAGUUGUAUCGGUUUUUGAAAGUUUAACGGAAGAGGGACACAGGCCAACACUUGUGACGUACACUACACUCUUAGCUGCCCUUACGGCUCAGAAGAAGAUUAAAUCGAUUCCUCCUCUCAUAUCUAUGGUUGAGGAGAAGGGAUUGAAACCUGAUUCCAUAUUCUUCAACGCUGCCAUUAAUGCUUUCUGUGAAGUAGGGAACAUGAAAGGAGCCAUGAAAAUAUUCUACAAGAUGAAGCAAACAGGCUGUAAACCCACCAUUAGCACAUUCAAUACGUUAAUGAAAGGAUAUGGCCUUGUUGGGAAGCCCGAAGAAUCAUUGAGGUUACUUGGUAUAAUGUCGGAAGAAGAUAAUGUCAAACCUAACGACAUGACUUACAAUAUUCUAGUUCGAGCGUGGUGCAAGAAGAAUAUAAAUGAAGCCUGGAACAUAGUUUAUAAAAUGGUAGGCGCAGGUCUGCAACCUGAUGUUGUCACAUUUAAUACGUUAGCAAAGGCUUAUGCUGAGGCCUGGGAAACGAGCAAAGCUGAGGCAAUUAUUCAUGAAAUGCAGAAGAACAAAAUUCAGCCGAAUGAACGAACAUGUGGUAUUAUCAUUAGUGGAUAUUGUACUGAAGGAAAAAUGGCUGAUGCGUUACGAUUUCUCUAUCGGAUGAGGGAUCUAGGAGUUGUCCCAAAUCUUGUCGUGUUUAACUCCCUCAUCAAAGGAUUUUUAGACAGUAUGGACAACGAUGGUGUUGAUGAGGCAUUGAAUUUGAUGGAAAAGUUUGGGAUCAAGCCAGAUGUGGUAACAUUUAGCACAAUCAUGAACGCAUGGAGCUCAGCAGGACAAAUGACGAAAUGCCAAGAUAUGUUUGACGAAAUGGUAAAAGCCAAUAUACGACCUGAUAUCCAUGCAUUCAGCAUCCUUGCAAAAGGCUAUGUACGUGCAGGUGAGCCUGAUAAAGCCGAAGCCCUUCUAAUGUCCAUGAGUGAAUCAGGGGCUCAUCCAAACGUUGUUAUAUUCACUACCGUUAUUAGUGGUUGGAGCAGUGUAGGCAAGAUGGAAUACGCAAUGAGAGUCUACGAGAAGAUGAAUGAAAUGGGGAUAUCCCCGAAUUUGAAAACGUACGAAACUUUAAUAUGGGGUUUUGGGGAAGCUAAACAACCCUGGAAAGCUGAGGAAUUGCUCCAUAAAAUGGAAGAAAACGGCAUAUUACCUCAGGACAGCACCAUCCGACUUGUUGCUGAUGCUUGGCGUUCCAUUGGUUUGAUAAAUGAAGCCAAAAGAGUGUCCGAUACCAUAAAAUGCGACAAACAUUUGAAAGAAAAGGCUCAAGGAGUCGAAAAGUCCGCAGAAAGUUUGGAGAGGAUAUAUCAAUAUCAAAACUUCGGGGAUAACACUAAAGUACUUGAAACAAAUGGUUUAUACGCAACCGAUCAAAAAGGAGUAGUUGCAGCAAAUAGGAAAACCCCGGUAUUUCCUAGCGAAUCGAGAACAUGGGUAAGGAAUGCAUCAGCAGGAAAGAAUGUCAGAUCGUUUGCUCGUCGUUGUGGAUUUGGAAUGAGGCAGAAUUUUUUAUGCCAGUUGCAGUUUCCCUGUGAGAUUGUUUCAGUACAGCUUUUAAAUUCAUAUAAAGCAGUGAUCUGACUCUAGAGCUGUAAAUUGAUGCAGAGAGUUGAUACCUCAUUUUAUAUGCAAAAAUUCUCUGUAAACAGCAGUUACAGUUCUAUAAUACUUUUGUACCUUCAGAUUAUCGUAUUUAGUGUAGUAUAUAUUACUGUAAUUAUUGAAUACAUUCCUAUAAUCUAAAUUUACACUUUGUAAUGAUAUGUCCAUAUUCUUAUAUACAUGAGAAAGAUUGCAAAUCAA